AUGCCUUGUUCCUUAGAAAUCAAAAUAAUAGCUUUUGCAACAAUGCAACUUCAAACAGUUGAGACAGAUACAUGCCUUCAUUAUCACAACAUCCAAAUUCAAUCAAAGCUUCUGCAACAAAGCACCGAAUUUGGUCGAAAGGAAUAUUCCAAUCUCUUAUUUACUAAAAUAGGUAGCUUAUGUAGUACAAAUAUGAACCUUUGGAAAGCUAUUAUUAGAGGUUAUGCUUACAAUGGUCCAUUUGAGAAGUGCAUAUCAAUGUAUAUGAUGAAAUGCCUCACAGAGGACUCAAAACCAAUAAUUUUACAUACCCAUAUGUCCUAA